AUCAACAAUUUGGCAUCUGGGCAUUUCUUUUCCCGCCAAGAUCAGGGCGCCAAAAUCCUCCUCCUUUGUUCUCCUCCCUCCGGUCCUUCUUUUUCCUCGGAAACCCUAAUUUCUUUGAUCUGCAAAUCCUACAGAGAUGAAGGGAGGGACCGUUCAGAUUAAUUGGCAUGAUACCAAACCUGUUCUAACCCUAGAUUUCCAUCCCCAGUCCGGAAUUCUCGCAACCGGAGGCGCUGACUAUGAUAUCAAGCUUUGGCAAGUGACUUCAGAGCAGGAACAGAAGAAAGCUCCAACAGCUUCCUAUCAAAAUAGCCUUUCUUACCAUACCUCAGCUGUAAAUGUUCUCCGAUUCUCUCCAUCUGGAGAACAACUUGCAUCUGGGUCUGAUGGAGGUGAGUUGAUGAUAUGGAAAUUACACUCCACUGAAGCUGGUCAAACAUGGAAAAUGUACAAGACUUUAUCAUUUCACCGCAAGGAUGUCCUGGACCUGCAGUGGUCUACUGAUGGUGCAUUCCUAAUUUCUGGGUCUGUUGAUAAUUCCUGCAUCAUAUGGGAUACAAAUAAAGGUUCUGUUCAUCAAAUUUUGGAUGCUCAUUUGCAUUAUGUUCAAGGUGUUGCUUGGGAUCCAUUGGGCCACUAUGCUGCUUCACUUAGUUCAGACAGAACCUGUCGGAUUUAUAUGAAUAAGCCUCAGAAUAAAACAAAAGCCUUUGACAAGAUGAAUUUCGUUUGUCAGCAUGUAAUUGCCAAAGCAGAACAGCAACUUCCAGAUGAUUCCAAGUUGACCAAAAACCAUCUAUUUCAUGAUGAGACAUUACCAUCUUUCUUCCGACGAUUGGCCUGGUCGCCUGAUGGAUCUUUUCUACUGGUACCAGCAGGAUCUUACAAAUUCACACCUACAUCAGACUCGGUAAAUACUGCCUAUAUAUUUUCAAGGAAGGAUCUUUCAAGGCCUGCUCUACAACUCCCUGGUGCCAGCAAACCUAUUGUGGCAGUAAGAUUUUGCCCUGUUGUUUUUCGCCUGCGGGGGUCCAACUCAGCUGGGUUCUUCAAGCUUCCAUAUCGAUUGAUUUUUGCGGUGGCCACUUUAAACUCUCUAUACAUCUAUGAUACAGAGAGUGUUCCUCCAAUAGCAAUAUUGGCUGGCCUUCACUAUGCAGCCAUAACAGAUAUUGCAUGGUCUUCUAAUGCCAAAUAUCUAGCAUUGUCCUCUCAAGAUGGUUAUUGUACCCUUAUAGAAUUUGAAAACGAUGAAUUGGGAAUUCCAGUUCUACCAGAUUCUUUGAACAACAGUGUCUCCAAAUCUAUCCCUGAAGCUAAGAAUGACAUAGAAGAAAACAAGAAACCCAUGGCUCAGAAGUUAGAGAAUACCAUGAACACCACAACAGCCCAUGAUUUUGUGGCCACAGUUGGAAGAAAAACAGAUACAGAAGAAAAUGCUGGAAAACAAGCCUCACCAAACUCUACGAGUAUAUCUGCAUCAAAUAAGCCUGCAAAAAGGCGUAUCACUCCCAUGGCAAUUGAUUAGUUGUACUGUAGCUUUCAACAAUGUAUUUUUUGUGUUAAUUCAUAUUCCAUAGCUUAAUCUGCAUGAGAUCAGUUCUCGUGGUUUUUAUGCUAAUGUGAAUCAUUAUGUAAUUCUGUAAAUGUUUGCGAAAACAAAAGAAAUACUACUUGACAUGGAUAUUUAGAAAUUGCAAUAUAGAGUUCGUCUGUUUAUUGAUCCA